AUGGCUCUAUCAACAAAGAGCCUGAUCCAAUGGGCUGAAUCCAUUCGGAGCAUGUUCAAAAUGGAGGAGUCCGCCACCAAGAGAAACGAAUUGGCCAAAUCCAACGCAGACAAACCGGCAAAGCAAGCCUCCGAUUCUGAAGCUGAGAAUUCUGAGGAAGCAAAUGAGGCCACAGAAGAACCUGAGAUGUCGCUGUCAGACAGAAUGGAACAAGACAAACAGAAAUUCCCCGGCGCAAAGGAGUGGGCGAAGGAGGAGGAGCGGCUGUUCGAGAUAUUCUACCUUCGUCAAGAUAUCCCGAUACUCCCGCCGCAUUGGAGUAUUGACCUACGUGGAUUCCCUCUCACCGACCAUAUUUUUCAGACCUCCAAAGACUAUCCGCCCGCCAUCUACUCGCACUCGAAAACCAUGUCAGGCCAAUUUGCUGCAACACAUGUUCUGUCGCAGUUGAUUGACCUGACGCUCGCCGUCAGGACGCUGAUUGAAUCAGAAAACCUACUCUCACCCACAAACCAGCGGACAGCCCGCCGAAGAGUGGCAAAGCUCAUCAAAGCAAGGCUGGAUAAAACCCUUGGCUGGGCAGCACGAGAUGGGUCCUAUGACAAGCUUAAGAUUAUCCCCAACAUUAUCGCCGAAGUCGUCGAGGCGCCUGAGGAGGAGGCGCGUGUGGUUGCCUACAUGACUGCCCGCAUAAGAGCGCUGGCCAUGCUGCAGCGAGAACAUCUACGAGUCGAUCGAAGUGAUGACUUCUGGACCUCGACUGAACCACGAUUAAUGAGACCAAAGAGGCAAAACAACAAGUCACUGACGGGUCGUAUCAGAGCGGGAAUGAAGAGAAGCCUUGAAUCAACACGGUCCACGCCCGAUCUGGUUGAUGAUGACACGACCAUAAUGUCGCCGGACUCUCCUGCAACAGUACACGAUACUGAAUACCGGUCUCAAAAACGACGGCAAAUCGCCAGCCCAUGCUCUAGUGACGAUGAGCUGACCGAGGUCGAUGGGUUUGGGGAUCUUUCUACCCCUUACAGGGUUGCACCCAAGUCCACAACUACACCGCCACGAACUCCCGCCAAUCUAGAAUUCCGCCGAAAGCCCCCAGUUGUAUAUGGCCUAUACAUUUUGGGAACCAACGUGUUCGUACUUACUCUGGACUCCUCAAAAGGAGACGCUGGUAUUGUCAGCUUCCAGGUUCACGUUGACUUUUUUGACAAAAACCAGAGCGUCUGGAACGCACUGACCCUGGCCGUGCCCAUUUGUGCCGCACGGGAUGAGUUAAUGACACGCCUUGAAGAAUUUUCGCCGCUUCCUGCAGAGGAAGAAGUUGACCCGGAUGCUUAA